CCACAGGUACAGGGACUCUCGAAGCUCGUCAAGCCCUUCCCAGCUGAAGCGAGGCCCGAGUUUGUCAACACAUACAAGAAAAAACUGCAGUUUCCCUUCAACGACUUUAUCAAUCAGCAUCACCAUACCUCGCCCGACAUAUCGGUCUCGUUCCCUGGAAAGUCUUUGAGCGAGCCUUCGUCGUGGGGGUCUAUCUCCACGGUCAUCGAGAGCAAGAGCGAAAGCACCCAAGACCCAUUCAUCCGGGAAGCGCAGACGCAUACCGACACUAUCGAGCAGCUCGCGAAGAACGCGCGCAACCUCAUUAUUACCCACGGAUUGCUCGCGGCAUUCGUCGUCGGCAUCUACGGGAACACCGUCCGCCUCGUACGCUUCGACCACACAUGCGCGCUCGUCUCCGUGCCGUUCAACAUCAAGAAGGAUGGCCCAAGGUUACUGCAGAAGUUCUAUUGGCACUUCACGCACCCCGUCGUCGGCGCGCACAUCGUCGGAAACGACCCAACGGUGAUGAGCUUCACCAGUGCAGAUGACGAAUGGGUGAGGAGCGAGCUGAAGAAGGCGCGAAUAUUGCAUUGGCAGGUGCACGUCGCCGAGGUCUCCAAAGGACGACGCGUCGAGGUCUACGACGAAGCGACUGGUCGCUGUAUUCCCUACCUCCUUUACCAGGUUGUCGACGUGAACGGACGGCUGUUCUCACGUUCGACGAUGGUUUGGAGGGCCAUCGAGGACACCCGCAUCUGGAAGAACGGCCGGCUUGAACCAGAUCCUUCACGCAUCACCCCUGUCAAGCCACAGAUCAUGAAGGAAGCGUGGAGACAGCUAGUCCGGACGGCGGAAGCGAAGUUCUACCAACGGCUGCAGCGCGAUAUCGACGAAGAGGACUGGCAUGGCCUCGCCACCAUGGUGUGUGGCGGCGAUCUUGGUGAGUUCGAGGUGCGGUGGUGGAAGGAAACGGAACGUCGUCGCAAGGGUGUAGCGGCGGCAUCGGGUGACGCAGACCCUAGGAAUGCGCCAGAUUCGCCAGGCGCAUUCAACGCAGCAUCCUCUUCAAGGCUAUUCUCUUCCCGCAGUCAUAUGCGCAUCGUGAUCGACGACGUCGGCCGGCCGCUCACAGAGUUCAAGUCCACUCGCGAGCUUGUCUGCGCCAUACGCGACGCCAUCCGGGGUCAUCAACUGGCAUGGAAGAAGGCGCGUGUGAUGCAUCGCGACAUCAGCGUGGGCAAUAUCUUGAUUUCAGACGAACCGAAGCCUAGUAAGAAGGCGUACACUGGGUUUUUGCAUGAUUACGACUACAGCCAGAUGGAAGACGACCCUUCGAAUACAGACGAAGAUUCACCGUCUCCCUCAUCCCCAUCCUCCGGAUCGCCCGACGGAUCCCCCACGACAACGGCGACUGCUCCUGAUGACCCUUCGAAACUUAGAGAACGCACGGGAACAUAUUACUUUAUGGCUUGCGAGAUUCUCGACGUCCCGGGCAUCAUCCACCACACUCACCACGACCUCGAAUCAUUCUACUGGGUCCUACUAUGGGUUGUCGUUCGGCAUACGGACCAUAGGAACCACAGGGGCAAAAAACUGUGCGCUAAGAUUUUCAAAUUCGGAAAUGACGAGGAUAGCGCGGAUGCAAAGAAGACUUGGGUCGACCACAAGGCGUCCCGGUUCAACGUAUAUCGAAACAAGCCACUUUCUCACCUUCUCCGGAGCUUCAAUAAGCUCGUCAAGAAACACCUUUCUGGAGACGAUGAUGACGACGUUGCACCGGUUCCCCUGGACUAUGGACCGGUGCUGAAAGUCUUCGACGAGGCCAUUGCCAUGUCGGGCUGGCCUGAUAACGACUGGAAAGCUUGCGACUUGCUCGGUGGCUUGCAACGGACCGGCAUGGCGGGUGUUGUCGACCCCAAGCAGGAGAAGAAGAAAGGAGAAAAGCCCUUAGGCGUGACCACUGCUCCCUUACUCGGAAAAGCCGCCGCCACUGGACGGCAGCCUGUCCGAAAGGUGCACUUCGCUGAUCUCCCUCCCCUCCCGGAUCACCCGGAUAUCCCUGCUCCGCGGACAUAUCAUGGCGAUCCUCAGCAACCCUUCCGCGAACCUUCCAAGAAGCGGUCGCACGCUUUUGUGGAGGAGUCGUCGGAGCUCGACUCGCGUGGCAUCGCACGGACGUCCCGGGGCAACACAAAGGGUCACAGCAAGCGGCCGAAGACUAGCGAAAGAAUGGGCCCGGUGACGAGAUCAAAGUCGCAAGCGGCGCCGCAAGCGGCGAUGCAAUCGUCUGAGUCGGUGCGUAGAAGUGCGAGGAUACAGGAGAAGAGGCUGGCUUCUGGAGACGCUUAG